GAGCUUUCAUUUGCUCCCGAGACAGGCCCCUGUGGGCUCUGGAGCAGCGAGAUGGUGGCGUGGCUGGUGCUGGCUCUGCUCCUGCACAAAGCCCCAACCGCCGCAGCCCACGCCACCUUGCAGGUGACAGGAGUAGUAGGGAGAGCCGUGUCGCUGGGAGUGGACGUCCCCCCCGGGUUCCAAGUCAGGGAGGCCAUCUGGAGGUACCUGACCCCGGCAGAAGAGCUAGUGGCCACCUACUUCCGGGGCUCCACGGAGACCCUGUACCAAUCCCGUUUCUACGGGCGGAGCCGGCUCCACGGGAACCUCACCCUGGAGAUCUGCCAGGUGGAACUGGGCGACAGCGGCAGCUUCUCAGCCCUGCUGGUGAACACGCGAGGACAGACGGAGAGGCGCCUGCUGCACCUGGCAGUCUACGAAGUGGUUUCCCAGCUGACGCUGCAGGUGUUCACCUCGGAGAGUGGCCGGCAUGACUCUGCGAGGGCCUGUGAGGUGUUCCUGACCUGCGUGGCGGCAAGUGGCACCAACGUAACCUACAGCUGGGGCAGGACGGACAGCGAGGCACUGAGCGUGGACAAGCACUCGCUCUUCAAGGCUGGCCAGGUCCUCUGGGCGAAGCUGGACCCCUCAGAUGGGCAGGUGUCCUAUACAUGUACAGCCGCCAAUGCCGUCAGUCAGAACUCGGCGACCAUCACGCCCUGGGAUCACUGCCAGAGGGAAGCAGGGGCUGACGAUGCCAGGUACGACUACAAGAACAUUCUGCUCAUUGUGGUACCCCUCUCUGUCCUUCUCCUGGCCAUGGCUGUCUUCGGGCUCCUUCUCUCUCGGAAGCACUCAGGGAAGCAAAGAAUGAAAUCGCUGUCGGAUGUCUCGGAGCCAGAUGCAGUCCCUGUCUAGGCAUUGAGGCUGCCUGUCCCACAGAGCUGUGCCCACCUGGGAAAGUGGCCCUCCUUUCUCCUUGUUGCUGGAGAGGCCGAAAGUUCACUGGAUUUAUCUGACUCAUGUUCUUUUCUUCUGGAGAACAUCCCAGGGGCUGGCAGCUUCCAUGGCCCUAUGGACAGCCCGGAGACUGUGGGAAUCCUUGUGGGUCAGGAUCCCAGCAUAGACUACAGAAGCUUUAACCAGCCCUCCCUCAUCCUUUGCUCCAUGUUUGCCUCCAAGUUCCCCACAGACCCCUCCCCCUCAUUUAAAAACCAUGCAGCCGUUUGUAUUGAACUGUCUGUUUCUCCCUACAAUUUUCAUCGACAUUGCGGAAUAGUCCAGAAUAAUCCUCAGCUCAGCAGCAAGAAACCCAUUUUAAGGCCUUGUUUUCACUGAAGGAAAAAAAAACAAAACCCCGAAACAAAACAAAGGAGAUGUCCUUACCUAAAGUUUUCUGGCUGGAAGGGACUGGUUCGAAGUGAGGCAAGGUCAUUUUCACACAAGUUGACAGAUUGAGUUAGACCCUAAGCCCCACCCUAGUGUUUAACUCAACCAGCUAACUCAUGGUGAAGAUGACAAACCUCUUUGUCUGCAGAAGAGUUUUACUUCUCAUUCCGACAUUCAUAGACGCUAAGGUCAGAAAGGCCCGUGACCAGCUCAUCCAACCUCCUGGAACACACGGCCAAGGACUGGCCUCACCCAACCUGAUUCCUACUUGAACUAUAACAGAUUGUGUAAAAACGACCCAUCGCAUUAAGAGCACCUUUUAUCUGUGAAGUGCACGUUGGGUACUUUGAGUAACUGGCCCUUAUUUAGAUAUCUAACUGGAAAUGGAGUUUUUAUGAAAACCUGGGGUCGGAUGCAGAGUCCAAGGCAAUCUAGCACUUGUUCCAUCUCUACUGACACUUCUUACCCAUUCUCUACACUUUCAAAAGAGGGAUUUACCUGAGUAUAAACUAUCAAUUGUCUUCAGACGCAUCGGAAACUGUUUGGGGAAGUUCAGGGGAAGUUCUGAUGAAAUCCACCAUGAGAAAGUGUGCAACCAGAACCAGAAAAGGACGGCAACAUUGCAUGUAUGCACUUACAUUCACACACGAGCAUGUGUGUGCACCUAAACACACACACACACACACACACUUACUUUCAUAGCAUUAUUUAAUAGGAUUACCUCUUCAGCAACUGCAACUGAAUGUGACCAAAAAGUAGUUGUGCAUUAUGUACGUGGCAUGAUUUUUAAACUAGAUGAGCACAUGUCAGAUUUAUGGAAAAGAAGUAGUACUAUGUAUAAAAGUCAAAUGACAAAAAUCUCCACUCAAACCUGUAAGCUGCGUGUUUGAAAGCAUGACCAAUGGUUUACAAUUCUUCCAGUAAUCAGUUGACGUUAAAUGAUGAAGGCAGUUCAGUAUCUAUUGAUUUAUCUAUCAAUCUAUCUAUCACCAUACACUUCAUCCCUCCAUCGUUCUAAGAUUGAGUCUGUAUGUUUGUAAGUCCAUUUGUUCAAGAACUUCUCCUAACUGCUAAGAGCUA